GUGGUCAGUAUUCAGUAUUACCGCGCAUGUCACAUCGGACACACGUCCACACUUCCUCAAGUUUUUGUUUAUUUCCCGUCUAAGCUCGCGGGGUCAAUGACAUCCUUGUCAAAAUGUUAAGUUCCAAAGUUUACUUUGAUUUUAAUUUAAUGGGAAACAAAUGAUUGACAUUAAGUGUUUUUUUCAUGACAACGCUACAGAAAAACAUAACUCAGAAACUUAUAAUUUGAAAUAUCAUAAAAUUUUACGACUAUCAACAUGAGAGCUAAGAUUAUUUUAGUAUUAUUAUGCCUUACUCCGAUGAUUCUAUCAAAAGUUAGAAGAUAUUCAAGGUUGCAAACGGAUCCGUUAUCAAAGACGAGGUGUGAUUUAGUUUGCUACGAUGCAAGAAAGGAAGAUAAGGUUCAGUGUCGCUCAACAUGUCGAUCACAAGAGAGGAAGCCAGGCACGUGUCCGAGCACAGACCAUCCUCGUUGGGUGGCUUCCUGCAUAGAGGCGUGCAACAGUGACGCGCAGUGUGACGGCAUCGAGCGAUGCUGUAGACAUGGCUGCAGCUCUACUUGCAGCGAACCAAUUGAUCUCCUUACAUUAGCAGGACUCCCUGCUUUACCAACUCUGAAUGAAAUAAAAGAAAGACGUCGUUCGGUAAUCAUUCAAUGGACUGACGGUGUGGGUGACGCGGCGCGCACGGUGCCAGGCAGAGUCCUCUAUCUGCUGGAGGAACAACAUCACUUAGGACCCAAGUACGAGGAGGCAGGCCUCGGCGACUGGAACCUUCUAAUGAGAACUAAUAAGACCAAGGUAUCUCUUCGUAAUCAUUUAAAACCCGGUCGCUGGUACCGGUUCAGAGUGGCAGCAGUAAGUGCGUCUGGGACUCGAGGGUUUUCUGAACCAAGUUCUCCGUUUACCCCUCGGAAAGGACCAAGGCCGCCUCCUGCACCAAAGAAAUUGAAGGUGCAAAGGAUCAGUUCGGAAAACGGGAACGUGACGAUUAAAUUAGAAUGGAAGGAACCGAGAUCAGAUCUUCCCAUCAUGCGUUACAAGGUUUUCUGGAGUAGAAGAGUACGUGGACUGGGUAGAGAACUGGAUUCGGUUCUAGUCAAUCAUCAGAGUGUGCCAAAGGAACAAACAUACGUCAUAAUAAAAGAUUUACAACCAAAUUCAAUGUACUUUUUACAAGUACAAAGUAUAAGCCAGUACGGUCUUGGAAAGUUACGAAGUGAAAAGGCAGCCAUUUUCUAUAAUACAACAAAUGUAAAUGAUGAUAGACCACCAGAACCUCUGCGAAAAAACGAGAAAGAAAAGAAAAUAAAAAAUCUUAAAUUAAAUAAAAUUAUUUGGGUUGAUCAUAAACUUAAGGCGAAAAUCUCAUGGGAAUCGAAUUUAAAAAAUAAUGACAAAAGUAAAAGGUACUUUGUUCAUUGGAAGACAAUAAAAUGUCAAAACCCCCAUAAACAAAUUAAAGAUUUGUUAGCAAUUACUGAGGAGACUUCAUUUGACAUCUACGAGCUAGAUUACAACUGCAGUUACCUAGUAAGCAUUAACAAGACAAGAAAUGCUAAAAUCGAUGACGCCAAUAUAGUUAUAACCGUUCCCGAUUGUGAAUAUUUUAAGAGAAAAGUUAAUAGUACUGUCAUUCGAUGUAAUUCAUGAUAUGUAAAAUUCCGCCUAUAAUUUACUGCUUACCUUAGAAUAAGUCUUUAGAUGAAAAAUGUUUUUAAAUUAACUAUAAUUGUUAUCUUAGAGAAAGGGUAUGAAUAAGUUGACUCAUUUCUUAUAAUUUUUCAAUAAAGCUUAAGAAGAAAGCAAAAUAGUUCUACAAGAAUGUUUUCGAAGUUAGGUUAGGA